CUUUCAAGCACCUUCUCCUGGAGGGCUGAAGCAAACCAGAGGGGGUGGAGGGUACCCUCCAAAUUACCCAGGAUUCAGUGAGUGGCCCUCUCCAGGGUCAUGGGAACUGCCUGGGGAAACUGGAAAAUCCAGUUGCCAUGGUCUCUUGGUGCCCCCAACACUGGUGCUGAGGAGCCAGGGUAAAGAGAGUGUUUUCACACACCUCUUCUGGCGCUGGAGAAGUGAGGCGGCCACCAUGGAGCCUUCGACGUGCCUCUUCCUCCUCCUGGCCCUCCUCUGCAGCUCACUCGCAGGGCCAACAAAGGUGACUUUGCAAGUAAAACUGACCGAGGCAUCUCAGGCCAAGACCUCCCAGGACUCCGGCUUUCUGGACAUGCUCCAAAAGAUCUGCCGCCUCCUCCACCUCUCACCGGGGACCAACGUCACCCUUCAUCAUAAAGGGCCACCACACCACCUUACCUGCAGAGCCUGAGAGCAGCUGAAGCCUGUGUGGGCCUGGAGCGGUCAGCCUUUGGGGAGUGAGCAUGCCUUGGACCUAGCAGGCCCUUGUCCCGCUGCAGGCUAAUAAACGUGGAAUUCAGUGAUUUCA